AUGCAGCACUCACAGAGACUGGACCAAAAGCUUCACGUUCUCAGGGAGGAGGUCAGGACCAUGAGUCGAGAGAAAGAGCAGGUGGAGAAGGUUUGGAGGGAGCGGCUGCAGCGCUGUCAAAGGCAGUUACAGGUGAAAGAAGAUGAAAUGAUCCGUCAGUCGCAGUACUUCGAGAGCUUCAAGAGCCAACUCCAAUAUAAACUCGCACAGGGCCGGGACAGGGAGGCGGCGCUGCAAAACCGAAUCUACACUUUAGAGAAGCAACUCCUGGAUAUGACGGUGACCGCGGCCACCGGGUUAGCCACGAUGGGACCAGUGCGCAUAACUGCUGGUUCUGUUACGAACUGGGAGGUUCAGGACAAGCUGCCUCCACUGAGAGGCGAGGGGGAGGGAGAGGAGGAGAAGAAAGAAGAUCGCAAGAAGCAAUGGCCUAAAAAUUUGGAAGUGGAACGGGACAAGGACUCGGAUCAGAGCAGGCUGCAGGGCUUCAUUCUGAGUCUGCAGGAGGACCUCAGGGUGCUGCUGGAGCGCGAGGAGCAGGUCAUGACCGAACAGAGGGCACUGAUGGAGCAGCUGCACGAGGCCCAGGAGAGCAGCCAUUUUCUGGGCUGCAAAGUGGAAGAGAUGAAGUCUGAAGUGGAAUACGUAAAUCUGUCCAAGGUCUCGCUCGACGAGGAAGUGGAGGAGUUACGAGAGGAGAACCAAAGACUACAGCAAAUCCUUAGAGAGGCGGAGGACCUGCCAAACGCUGAUGUGUGCACUCAGAAGGCGGACAUCAGUGAUGAACAACCUGCUGUAGUUGCACCACAUCACCACCAGGCUGAAGCAGAGCCAUCCCAAACAGACCCAGUGGAGUCGUCCUCAGCUGCCAAAUCUGAACCCUCAUUUAUAACAGUGAACGAACCACAAACUGCAUUCGACAGCUCUGAAUCCAAGUCCAACGCAGGCUUCCAUUCGCUCGCACUGACCACAGAGACAAUAGACGAACUGAGGAUGGGAGCGUGGUGCUACAACGGCGUUUUGAACUUGGAGGAGAGCCCCGGGGAGGACUCGGAUGCCCUGAGGGAAGCCUACCACAGCUUGGGCCUCGGAGGCGAUCUCGACUUUAUAAAAGAACAGCGCGAUCGCUUUGAGGAGGCCCUGCAGCAAACACACCAGCAGCUGAAGAUGGCUGUGCUGGAAAACCAAACUUUGAGAUCACAAAUGAAACAGCAGGAAGAGGAAGCGGAAGAAUCAAGGGAGGAUUCUUCAAACGCUUUAGAUGACAGUGCUAGGUUCAGUAUCGGGUCAGACGAUCUAGUCCAGGCUUUGAAUGAAGAGAACAGAGCUUUAGCAGAGAGGAUACAGGAGCUUAGAGAGCAUAUUGAACUCAGGGAGGAGGGAAUCAUGAAGGACAAGAGGGAAGUUGAGGAGCAAAUCUGUAGAUUGGAAAUAGACGGAGCGAGACAGCAACAAGAAAUCAAUGAACAAGCCUGUUUGGUGACAGAGCUGACCAGAAAGACAGAAGACGACUUGAACACCAUCAUGGAACUGAGGCAAAAGUUGCAGGAGCAUGAGGAGCUGAGAAAGGAGACGAGACGGAAAAAGCUGUUUGGGUUUCAAUCCAAACACACACAGACUGUUUUUAGGAAAGACAACAUAGACGAAUGCGUUGACAUAGUGGUCAACUGUGUCAUUGAAAGUGAUGCAGAGCCCCAGUUUCUGUCAAAGCAAGAGAAUUUAAAAGAUGUGUCACAGGUAAAAGUCAAGUCUUCUGACAAUCCUGAAGUGAGUUUGAUGAAUGAAGAGGUAGACCGGUUAUCAAAGCUGGUGCAAAGUCUUAAAGCAGAGCACGAGGACCUCACAGGGAGAAUGAAAAGCCAAACGCUGCAGCAGAAGGAUGUAUCUCAGUCGAUUCGUACGCAGACAGAAGAGAAGCAACGUUUGACCCGGGAAGUCUGGGGACUGAAGGAGGAGAAAGAUCGUAUUUUUAAAUCCUUGUCCGGGCUGAAACAGGAGCGUGACAUGCUGGCAAGAGCGGUGUGUGGCUUCAAAGAUGAAAAACAGCAAUUUCAGAGAUCCAUGACAGGUGAGCUGAAAAGUUUGGAAGACGCCAGAGAUCAGCAACAUCUGUAUAAUAACCUGGAAGCGGAACGGGCCGAGCUGCAACAGUCUGUGUCAAGUUUGAAGGAAGAGGAGAGGAGAAUUACCUUUUCAGUGUCUCGCUUAAAACAAGAGGAGAAUCAGAUGGUUAUUUUAAAGCAACAGUUGCAUGAAGAACACAGCAGACUCCAAGCUACGAUCCCGAGGCAAACGAAAACCUGCGAUACGCCACAACAAGCCAAUUACGAAGAGCAACAUGAUGAUCAAAGGGACUUGGAGGAUCAAGAGGAUUUGCAGAUCCGCAUUCAAACAUUGUCAGCAGAACUCCAAAAAACACAGGCUGAUUUGGAAGAGACUACAGCAGAGGGGCAAAGACUGCAAAGCGAACUGGUCCAGUCUGAAAGCAGAGGGGACGAGGUGGAGAGGAGAACAUCUCAUUUAGCCAAAAUGCUUUUCAAAGUCUCUGAUGAAUCGUCUCAGCUCCAGGAGACGAGGAAGGAGUGUGACGCUCUGAAGGCGCAUGUGAAGGAUUUGCAGAACAAAGCAACACUUGUGGUCAGAGAGAAAACGGAAGCGCUGGUUCUAAAGGCUCGACUGGAGGAACAGUACAACAUCCUGACUGCGCAGCUCAAAGCUAAGACUGUGGCUCUCCAGGAGCUGAACUCGGAGUACAUCAGUUUGAAGCGAGGCCAGGCCAACAAAGAGGAUCUUAACACCGUUCUAGUCUCCGUACAAACCCGUUACCAUGACGUCAGAGCCAAGUAUGAUGCUUUACUACAUUCCAAAAGUCAGGCUGAUAUGGAUGUAGCGCCUCUAAAGGCCAAGCUGUCGUGCUUGGUGCUGAAAUGUCAGGAGAGGAACAACAUUUUGGUUCAAAUGACAAAACUCCUGCAGAAACACGGCGGCCUGGACUACAUCCUCAAGCAGCAAGUGGAACAGUUGCUGUCAGACCCGGCUCUCCACAGCUACGCCUCCGCUUUCCCCACCGCCUUCACCCCAGAAAUAAGAGUCACAUUUGAGGAAACCAAACGGCUCACUCAAGAUCAGCGCAGUUCCCCGAUAAGCACAGUCAGUCCUCACCAUAACAGGUACGGGGGCAGUCCAAGUCCAAGCAGCUUUGCAAAUUCGCCCAGAGACUGCAUAAGUAAGGCGAGCCAUGAGUCUGGUUCAAGACACAAAGCCUCCUCCCCAAGGUACAUUUCUCCACUGCCAGAGCAUAGAGAAGAGGGGUCUGCUGUCAAAGAUAACACUCAGCUUCUUCUAUCUCCUACAAACCAAAGAAGACAACAACUCUAUAAUGCUAGUACCUUGGUGGAAAAGAAAGCUCUUUCACCAAAUGCAGUCUCACCCAUUCAACAAAAGAGAGAAAUGCUGGGCUCCACAUCCCCGGCGGCAUCACAGAAAAACAAUUCAAAUUCAACAGUGGUGCAGCAUCACUUUCCCCCAAGAUCUCGCAGAGGAUUCGGGCAGAAGGCCAUCGGAUUUCAUCAGUUAAACAUGAAAGCCAAGUCCUCCCCAGACCUGAGCCGGUCUGAGUACAGCGGCUUCUGCUCCAGCACCGGCUCUUCCUCCUCCCUCAUCUUUGGUUCCAACACCAGGCUGAGCAGUCCAGAAAAGAUCAUGAGCCUCCAGGAGCAACUGCAGAAGACUUUAAUCAGCAGCUUCCAGGUACAUGCCUAUCUGAAGAUGUACGACACGAUACCAUAA